AUCAGAAUUUCAAAGUUGCUUGUAAAGUAAGAGAGGUCUGUUUGGUGUAUCCGGCUACACGUCUUUUUUUGUGUACUGAGAUAUAUUAGGAGUGUCACAGUUAUUUAUUCAUUAAGAGCAAAUAAAGCCUAGAUAAAGUUAAUUUGCAAAUAUUCGGCAAAAGAAAAAAAUAAUCUUCUGUUGCUUCUAUAAGGCUGUAGAAUUCAACGGGGUCAAAGGACACGCAAAACAAAAGUAGCAUGUUUCCUCUGGACUCGCCCUGGAACAUCUCAUUCGCUGGCUGCGGAUUCCUCGGGAUCUACCACGUUGGUGUUGCCAGCUGUUUACAGGAACACGCGCCUUUCCUCGUUCAAAACGCCCGGCACAUCUAUGGGGCAUCUGCAGGGGCUCUCACUGCUACAGCCCUGGUCACUGGGGUGUGUCUUGGAGAGACUGGUGCAAGUAUCAUUGAUGUUGCAAAAGAAGCCAGAAAGCGAUUUCUGGGACCCAUGCAUCCUUCUUUUAACCUCGUGAAAAUUAUGCGUCAAAUGUUGCGUCGGACACUUCCAGCAGAAGGGCACCUGUGGGCCACUGGGCGUCUGGGGAUCUCUCUGACCCGAGUGACUGAUGGAGAAAAUGUCUUGGUGAUGCAGUUCAACUCAAAGGAGGAGCUGGUGCAGGCAGUAGUUUGUAGUGCUUACAUUCCUGUGUACAGCGGUCUGAUUCCCCCAUCACUGCGAGGAGUGAGAUAUGUUGAUGGAGGCAUCUCAGACAACCUGCCGCAGUAUGAAAUGAAAAAUACUAUAACUGUCUCACCUUUUUGUGGAGAAAGUGACAUCUGCCCACGGGACACCUCAGCCAACAUUCAUGAGCUCAGAUUCACAAACACCAGUAUUCAGUUCACCCUAGGAAACCUGUACCGGGUCUCAAAAGCACUUUUCCCUCCAGAUCCAAAGGUAAUGAAAGCCAUGUGUAAACAGGGGUAUAAAGAUGCACUGCACUUUUUGAAGAGAAAUGGCCUUCUUAAUCUAAAUCAUCCUAACCGAGACUCACUGGUAAUGGGUAACAAUAAAGGAGAAGAUCAUGAGGUCAUGAGAAAUAAUGCUGUGACAGAGAGGUUAGAAGAGGACAAGACUGCGGAGAUAGAGGACCAUAUCCUGGAAAAUCUCCCACUCGCUCUGCACAAAGCUCUGAUGGAGGCAUGCACUGAGCAUAGGAGUUUGGUACAAUCUGUCAGAAACCUGCUCCCAGUCAGAGUGGCCUCUGCACUGAUGCUCCCUUAUACUUUCCCAUUGGAGUCAGCCAUGUCUCUAACUCUCAGACUGUUGGAGUGGCUUCCAGAUGUGCAUGAAGAUGUUAGCUGGAUGCAGGAGCAGAUAGUGACGAUAAUUCAGCAUUUUCUGCGUCAGGCCUCACAAAGCUUUUCGCAGCGUGUUUCUGCCCGGUUUUCCUGUGAACUGCGGCUGUACCACCACCAGUCUUUGGUUCAGAUGGGCCCCUCUGGCCUGCUGCCCACCUGGGUGAAUGAUGGCAGCUCUUCAGUGCUCGAUGCCUUCAUGCGACUGGACCACUACAAGAGGCAGUUGCUGUCUGGAGUGCUGAGGAUCAACAUGGACCUGCAAGGCUCUUUCAAAACUGGUCAAUUGUUCCCCGAGAGGACUGUGUCUUGCCCUGCACUCUUCUCAGAGGGCUUGACUAUUGAGAAGACAGGCAUUCAACCUGCUCUCAACAUAAUGACAUUGACUUAAUACAUGUUGCUGAACUAGAGUCUAUAAAGGUAGUACUUAAAAUGUAAGUAUAUAAUUUAAAACCAUAAAUAUUUAGAAUCAGAAUUGUUUUUUUUGUGUGAUUCAGAGUUGUUUUUAAAAGGUCACAUAUACUUAGAUCUUACUCUGCACAGACUUGAAUUACAUGGUGAAGCACACAAAAAUGCACACUUGCAAUGACACAGUUAAAAUAGCUGACUGUUUCUGUUUUUGAAGGAAUGUGGACAUGCAACUGACUGUGCUGCAAAAGAAAAGCACUAUAGUUUUCAUUGUUUAUGUACAGUAUGCUAUUACACUUCAUAUUACCCAAAUAGCCUGCUCUACAUGUUUUAAUUUGUGUCUGCUUGAGCAAUAUUCCUAUUAAAUUAUGCUCAAAUGGUGAGAGCAAACUGAUUUAUAGUCAAGGGUUAAAAAUCCAGCUAAAUAUGUUUUGUUAGAUUUCAGUGGCUCAGGUUUGUAUACUUUUUGCCAUAUAACCGUUUUUUUGUUUGCAAGAAGAAAAAAAAAAACUUUAGUUCAUAUAUUGGGAUUAUAAAUGUAUUUUCUUUAUUCUGUAUUGUUGUCAGAGUAAUACAAUUGAAUGAAGACAACACAACUGUUGAGUUUGUUCUGUGAAAGUGCUUUAUAAUACCGUUUAAAGGUUGGCUAUGCUGUGAAUGUAAUAAUGUGUUACAAUUAAAUACUCAAGAUCAAGUAU